GCAAGAGAGUUUCAUAGCAAUUGUUUCCGUGUUCGCUUGUUAACUCUCUGACGCAUAUACUGUGUUAUUGACCUUUCGUGGGCCGCAGAGAGUGAGUUUUAUGUCAUAUAGGAAAAGAACGUGAAAGAAUAUGGACUCGUGGUAUCUGCUUUACUGUCGACUUUAAAAAAACACAACAACGGAGAACUGACACUGCGCAUGCGCCAUUUAAUUCCGCACUCUCAGUCACUCAUCUUGAGUGGGGAAGUUGUAGCGUGGCUCUUCGGUAAAAGUUUGCAGGAGUAACAGCCAGAAAGGGACACAAGCACUAAACUCUGGUAAGCUAGUCCUGUGUGAGAAGAUGAGACUGAGCGCUGCUGUCCUGCUCUGUGUCCUCCUGCUGUGGGUUGACGGGUCCCGGGGGGACACACCUGCUAACUGCACCUAUGAGGAGCUGCUUGGGACAUGGGUGUUCCAGGUGUCCAAAGGAGGACAUGACAGAACAGUCAACUGCUCAGCGGAAGCUACAGGUGAGGCCACUGUGACAGUGACCCUGGAGAAACUGUCUGUAGCCACAGAUGAGCUGGGGAACACGGGCUUCUUCACCAUCAUCUACAACCAGGGCUUUGAAGUGGUCAUCAAUGGCUACAAGUGGUUUGCCUUUUUCAAGUAUUCUGAGGAAGGCACUCAAGUAACCAGCUACUGUGACCAGACUUUGCCAGGAUGGGUCCACGAUGUCCUGGGAAACAACUGGGCCUGUUUUGUGGGGAAGAAAGUGAAAGCAGUGCCACCCCAUAAAGAUUUUAAACCACUUUAUAGCACUGGGCAGCUCCAGAAGCUUUUCAGAAACAACCCAGACUUCAUCAAUUCCAUCAACUUGAUUCAGAGUUCCUGGAAGGCUGCGCCCUACCCAGAGCAUGAGAUGUACACUCUACAGGAGCUGUACCACAGAGCAGGGGGGCCUGCCUCACGUAUCCCAACGCGUGUUCGCCCCAAGCCUGUGAAAGCUGACAUGGUCAAGUUGGCAGCUGGUCUACCUGAGCAAUGGGACUGGAGAAAUAUAAAUGGUGCUAACUUUGUAAGCCCUGUGCGAAACCAAGAAUCAUGUGGCAGCUGCUACUCCUUUGCCUCCAUGGGAAUGCUCGAAGCUCGCAUCCGAAUCCUCACCAACAACAGUGAGACUCCCAUUCUCAGCCCGCAGCAAGUGGUCUCUUGCUCUGAAUAUUCUCAAGGUUGUGAUGGUGGGUUCCCUUACCUGAUUGGAAAGUAUGUACAGGAUUUCGGCUUAGUGGACGAGUCAUGCUUUCCAUACGUUGGAAGAGACACCCCCUGUGGCAUCUCUCAAGCGUGCAGCCGUGUUUACGCGGCGGAAUACAACUAUGUCGGGGGAUUCUAUGGCGGAUGUAGUGAGAUGGCUAUGAUGUUGGAACUGGUAAAGAAUGGACCCAUGGGAGUGGCCUUUGAGGUCUACCCUGAUUUCAUGCACUAUAAAAAGGGCAUCUACCACCACACAGGCAUCGCAGACAUCUACAAUCCCUUCGAGCUGACGAACCAUGCCGUGCUGUUGGUGGGAUACGGCCGCUGCCACGUGACUGGACAGAAGUACUGGAUUGUCAAGAACAGCUGGGGCACAAGCUGGGGCGAAGAUGGCUACUUCCGCAUCCGCCGGGGAAGUGAUGAGUGUGCUAUUGAGAGCAUCGCAGUGGCAGCCAGCCCCAUCCCUAAACUGUAGCUGGGUGGGAGGGCCAUACUGAUGAAGAGUCUCAAUAGAGCAACUUAUUCUCCAUGUAGCUUACCUGAUUUCAAUGUGUGCUUGAGGAAAAUUCAAAGCAGAAAUCUGUAACUUUGUCACUGCCCUAUGCCUUUGUUCAGCAAAUAAUGAUCUCAAAUGAAAAUCUAAAGUAGCACGUUUCUGAUUUAAUGACGUUCUUAAAAGCAAGUAGGGGUACAGUGUAACCUUACAACAAGCAAAAAUGCAAACAUCAGAUCUUGUGAUAUGGGUAAUUUGGCACAUACCUGUUGGCUCCUUUUUGUUUUCUUUCAGUGAUUAGCCGCCAACGAGUUUUAAUCGGUUUAAUCCAAGCUGAAGCUGCCACCACAAAUCAUAGACUAGUAGUUUGGUACAUACUGUGAGACAUGACUUUUAAUUGUAAAGUACAGUAUAAAGGGACUUCUAAAUAUAAGGUUCGGAAUGUGUGUUCAGGUGCAGCACCUUGGUUCUUUGUCUCAGGGAAAAACAGUGCACAAUUGUAAUGUCAUGUCCUUUCAUCAAAUUACCAUCAUGUUUCUUUGUGAGGUAAACUGUAAAAGUUCCUUGUGGAACAUUUAAAAAAAAAAAAAAAGGGAUUUCUUAAUUGACAAAGUGAAUUAUCUGGCUGCUCUGCCUCCCAAUGAACUGUCUGUUUUAAUGAAAGCAUUUUGAAAUUUUGUUUGAAUUGAAUAAAAAGUAUCAGAAAUA